AUGAAUGUUAAUAGUAUUAUUGAAGAAGUACAGGCAAUAAAAGUUUUGCCUCAUAUGAUGUUUAAUGCAUCAAAACUUAAGGUGUUAAAUGAUUAUGUAGAUAUUGCUUUUGAAAACAAUGAAUAUUUUGAUAACGAAGUUAUGCUAACGUUGUUAAGAUUAUUCUGCCUUUAUCCGCAUUGUUAUGAUAGAAUGGCAGUUAAAAAAAUUUUGAUAUGCGUUUUAUAUAAUAUAAAUGAGAUUGAUAUGAACAUAUAUCUUAGUUUAAUAAAUUCUAAUUUAUAUGAUGAAAAUAUAAAAAGUGUUGUAUAUUUACACGAUUUAAUUAAAAAAUGCCAAUUUAAAAAAUUAUGGACUUGUAUAUACGAUAAUGAUUCAGAUAACAAUUAUGAUUAUUCCUUUUUAAAAAAUAAUAAUAAUUUUACUUUUAAUAUUAGAAAAUAUAUUUUAAAUUCAAUUUCUCUAAGUUUUGAAAAUAUUAGUUUAAAAAAAAUGUCUGAAUAUUUAAAUAUUGAGGAUUUUUCAGAAAUUGAAAAUUUUUUAAAAGAAAAUAAAUGGACUAUUAAAAAAAUAAACUACAAAGGUGAAGAACAGUAUAUUUGUUGCAACGGAAAUAUUGAAAAUAUUCAACAUAAAAAAAGUAUUAAUACAUAUUUUAACGAAGAUAAUAUAUCCUCCUACAUAACUAAACUAAAUAAUUAA